ACUACUAGAUUCAAAAUGGCGUUGACAUGUAAACAGGUUCUUCUCAUGAUUGGGAUGUUGGUGACUGGGAGCAUAAAUACUCUUACCAAAAAAGCUCAACUCCAAUGCGUAUCAGAGGGUUACAGUUAUAAGAAUGACAACGGAACAUCAGCAAUACCUCACAAGUUCGACCAUCCAUGGUUUCAAACCUGGCUGAUGUUCAUCGGGGAGAGCACUUGCCUAAUUGGUCUGUUUGUUAUGAGAAGACGGGAAAGAAAAGAGCGGGAAAAAGCGAUCGCGUGGUCUGCAAAAGUGGGACACCAACCGCCUGAAGCACCUGAAAGUCCUAGGGUGUUCCAGUGGAUCCUCUUAAUUCCAACAUGCUGUGACUUGCUUGGCACAUCUCUAGCAGGCAUUGGUCUCAUAUACGUGGAUGCCUCUGUGUGGCAGAUGUUGAGGGGAGCCAUCAUCGUCUUUGCUGGGAUACUUUCUCGUGUGUUCUUGAAACGAAAGCUUAAAGCUAUUCACUGGCUGGGGAUGUUUGUCACCAUGAUAGGCCUGGUGCUGGUCGGAUGCUCCAGUGUGUUCAAAAAUAAGAACAGUCAGGGGUCAAAAGCUGCUUUAGGUAUUGCCUUGAUUUUAGCUGGUCAGCUAGUCAGUGCAAGUCAAAUGGUUCUAGAGGAGCUAUUCCUGAAGAAAAGGAAUUUUCCCCCGCUUCAGGUGGUGGGCAUGGAAGGAGCUUAUGGAACUCUGCUCAUGACCUUUGUUGUCCUGCCGGCAAUGUACUUUGUUCCGGGGGAUGACGCCCAUGGGAGCUAUGAGAACAGCUUGGACGCCCUUGUGCAGAUGGGAAACAACGUGGAGCUGCUUGUCAUGUGCCUGCUCUACCUCAUCUCCAUCGCCUUCUACAACUUUUUUGGUUUGGCCAUCACACGUUCUUUGACAGCUGUGCACAGAACUUUGAUUGAUGCUUGUAGAACCAUCAUUGUGUGGCUGGCUGCCCUUUUCAUUUAUUACGUGGUUGACAAGUCUUUUGGAGAACCCUUUGACUCAAACUACGGACUUCUGCAGAUUGACGGCUUUGCGUUCCUACUGAUUGGUACAGCGCUCUACAACCAGUUGAUGGUUGUUCCCUGCAUGCCAUGGUGCUCCAGAGACCAGGAGAUGGAGGAAUUCCCAUCUCCAGUGACCCCACAAGUAAAUGUUGCUGACUAUGAGGAGUCCUACAACUCUAUAUCAGAUGAGUCUGAUCCUCUGCUGAGAGCCAGAGAUUCAAACAUAGUGUAUUCCUAAUUUGUAUACAUAAUGUCUCAGCAAUUGAGUUUGUGGAUAUAUUUAUUAUUUUAUUUGACUCUAUAAAGGAAACAGUGUACAUUCUGUGUGUAGCAUGUUCUGUUUUUAACAGUGAAACUGCAAUGGCAAUGGGUCAACGUGUGUCAUCAAAGAAGUUUUACUAUGUAAUGGAAGGGUAUGCCGAACUUAAUUAUGUCAUAUUAUAUUUUAUUUUCCAUUAUUGGCCUCAAAGGCACUUCGUUACAUUUGUAAGCACAAUAUGAAUCACAGGUAUGGCCUAAGACUUGCUCUCAGAAUAUUAUUUUAUCACUGAGGUGUAAGCUCUUAUUAAACUUCUGAGCUUGGGGUCCUUUUAGCUCUCUCUAAUUGUCAGUGUAUUAGUUUGCACAAACCCAGCCACAUUAAGCAUGAUAGUUCCUUGAAAUCAGGUGAACAAUGCCCAUAAAUGCACAUUGAGCAAUAUAUCUUAAAGAUUAAAUAGUUCCUAGUGAGAUUUCUGACACAAGAAUAGGUUUAAUCCCUGCAAAGUUUGCUUGUGCUUGUGAAAAGGACUGGAUUUUAAGCAAUAAAAAUUGCAGAGUAUUUAGUAAGUUAUAAAAGUUUAGGAAAGUUCAUGUCACUUUGUUGACACCUGAUUUCUUUGCCCCCUGAUUUCUUUGCCCCCAUGGCCUUCAGUUUUGAAACCUUUUUCAAAUCAACCCAGUCUUUUCUUAUGCUUUGUGACUUGAGUUAUGGUUUGGUGUGGAUAAUCCUUCAUGUCUAAACCGAUUGAAAGCCUUUUUCAGUCUUUAGAGAUGAACAAAGAAAGCUAUUUUUUUAAAAAAUUCAAAGUGGAUGUAUUUUACCAAAUGAGGGAGAGGUUGUGAUUAGAUGUAUGACUUUAAAUUAACGAUGGGCAAGAUUUACUGAACUUUUUUAACAAAGCACUUAAGAUUUAUAACUGAUGUUCAAUACCAUUAUCGUUUAUUUUUUCACUGAAGUAUCGCAAUAGCCUGCAUUUUCUAGAUGAUUUUAGAAGAUAGGUCAUUUUUAAAGGGCCCUGUUUUGUAUGGUUUGCAGCUGCUCUGGAAUGCCAACUGAUUUUUACUCUGUUGGAUAAUGACUUCCUUUAGUCUAUUUCUUGCUAUAUUACAAUAGUAGAAAAUGAUUUAUAGUUGAGUUGUCCUAGUAAAAUGCACAUGCUAAGCCUAAGAUGACUUUGGGCUUUGGUAUUUUUUUUCCCUUGCUCAACAUCACAUUACUUUCAUUGAUGUAUGUUUUAUGUCUUUGCUGAUGUUGUCACUGCUGUUCAUUACUUCAAGAUAGGUACAAUAAUAAGGGUACUUUUUUGUGAGUGUUUCAUUGCAUUGAGUGGAGACAGGAAUGUAGUUUUGUAUUUCACAUGAACUUUUACCAAGCUAAAAAUAUAAAAUGAGUCAACAUUUUUGGUAGGAACUAUUAGACAUAAAUGAAAUUUAAAAUUAAAGUUUUCCUAGUAUGAUGCAUCUCUGAUGACUUGCUUUUAUAUGAAGUUUUGUGCAUGCCAAAGAGUCCAUAUUUUUAAAAGAAGUAAACUGAUGACUCAUUAGCCACUUGUACCAAAGAAAUAACAUUUUUGCAGCCUCUGAUUUUUAUUCACUGUCUUUUUGUCUUUAGUAAUUUGGCACUGUCAAAGUCAAAUGUCAGAGGACAGACGGGCAUUGCAGAAGUGCGGUGUGUGUGUGUUUCAAAAUUUUGAUGAUGUUUAUGCAGUGAUUCCUGGGCGUAAUUAAAUACAGGUUAAUGCUGCCGAGGCCAACGUGUCGUUCAGAAAUUCUACUUCAACCUUUGAAGCAUUCAUAAUAGUUUUUAUUUUAUUAAAGAAAGUGUAAGUCCCAUACAUUCACUACAUAUUAUUUAUUGUUUCAAUUUGAAUUUUUCACUGAAUUAAAUUGUUUUAAGAAUUGUAUGUGUUCAUUCUACAUGUAACAUAAUAUUUUAAUAGGCAUUUUUAAUUGAGGUUUUAAGAAAUAUUUUCUUGUGGCUUUCACCUGUUCCUAAUAAUGAUAUAUCUAUAAAAAUUCAAUCACUUUUUGCAUGUGUUUGAAUUUCAAGUUCAGGUUGUCUGCAUUUAGUGCAUUUUUCAGCUAGAGAAAAGAUUAUAUAGGCGACCAGCAGUAAUUGUUUUGUUUUAUUGCAUUCCAUUUUCACUGUGACACUAUAUGUUGUGGGUCAACUCAGGGAUGCUGUUAUUUUUUGGUCACUAUUUCUGUUUUUUUCAUCAGAAUAGCAGUUAUUAUCCUAAGCAUUUGUUUUCUCCAUAACCCCAUAAAUAAGUUGUUUCUAUUAACUGUCUAUUUGUUUGCAAAUGCAACUUCGUAAAUUUUCAGGUAUUUUCACAAAAUACCAAUUGCAUCCCAGAUCAAUUGCAUGCUGAUUUCUUUGCUCAAUAUGUUUGGGAAUCUGUUGCCAUUUCUGUUUGUUGUAUUUAGAUUUCCAUUCUUAGGUUUGUGUGUGGAAGAGAGCAUUGCUCAUGUUUAAUCAACAUCUCUUUCACUAUUUUACAUUUUUUUGACCUUUUGUCUCAAUGAUUCUUCAUUCAACGUCUUUGGCAAUCGCAUAAAUAGAAAAUGUUGGGUUCUUUGAGUUAGGAAUAUGCCCUAUUAAUAUUAUUACACCAGUGACAGAGAUAAUAAUAAUAAUAAUAAUAGUAAUAGAGCAUAUCCCUGUAGGGCCCAGGGGCUUAAAUAUUUGUUGGGGCUUUUUUAUGAAACAAUAAAAUUUCUGUGUGGGUGGUUAGCGGGGGCUUUGGUGUGAUUUGCUCCUUUUUACCUAUCAAAUGUCUGUCGUCCUUAUCUCUCCUUCCUUUUUUUGUGUUUGUUACGCUUUAGUAACACCUCUAGUCUUCGGCUUUUUAUAACUUAAUUUUGUUGCAAGUGCUCUAAAACUCUUACUAAAACAGUAAAAACUGUCAUCAUCAUUGCCUUUUUCACCCUGGGUCAGGAUAUAAGCCAUGAACAAACACUUUCCACCCUUCCCUAUCCUGGGCGAGUUGCUUGAUGUCACUCCAUGUCUUCCCACUUUUCUGUGCAUCCAUUUCCGUGACUCUUCCCCAGUUUUCACGUUGUCUUCCCCUUAGUAAAAACUAUAGUGUGUCAUUAUUUUUUAAUUUGUUAAAUGUAUUGCCUAAGGUUGUAUUGUGUUUUUUUCCCUCUUCUGUUGUCUGGUCUCCCGUCCUAUAGUUGCCUGUCCAGUAUUGUCCAGCCAUUUUAAUGAGUAUCUUGGAUAUUUGCAUACUAUUCCAAAUCGGUUUAGGGUCUUGAAAAAUAACGUUUCCUUUCUCACGACGUUGCUUUGCCAAGUUGUGUUUUCUAUUUAAAGUUUAUGAUGUGUGUAGAGCAAUAUAUUUGUCUUUAUUGCAUGAUGAUUUUAUGGUUUCAUAGUUGUGUUAUUUCUGGGGAGAGCUGGGGAUGCCAAGCAUGACCAGUGUAAAUGUCCAGUUUUCUUCCAUGUGUUCAAAGAGGAGCAAUACUUUUGAACACAAGUGCUUUUAUAUUUUGCAGUACGAUAGAUCUUUUUAGAAGUAAACGUUUUUCUUCUGAACAGGAUACAUGUUUACACUAAUAGUUGUUAUUGUUCUUGGUAAUUCCUUUGGAAUUUCAUUCUUGAGGAUAUUAUUUUCAAAAGGGUAAUUCAAAAUUUUUAGUCGACCGAUCAUUAUAGUCUUUUUGUGGCAAAAGGUUAGUUUGAUUUUUGUCAUGCAUCCUUUUUUUACCUUCAUUUUUUAUCGCAAGGGCUCAGGGCAUUCUAACAAAAUUUAACAAACAAUGCUUUUCAUUGUGGUUCUCACACAUCAAAAAGUAUGACAAGAAGCAUUGGUCUUAGUAGCAUCUUGUGUCUUUUUCUAGAUAAGUGAAAAUUGUUACAUGAAUCUUGUCAUAUGGGUCUUGAAGGGUUAUGGUACAUAUUGUGUUUUUUAGUGUUCGUUGGCAGUGGAGAAUCCUUAGUUUGUUUUAUCUCACCUUUUCUUUUCCCCCCUUCUUUUACCUAGCUCUGAACCAUUUUAGGAGUGAGAGGUUACUGUUAAUCAUGUUUGGAAGGUACCAGAGUCUUUCAUAUGUCCUUUUGUGUUUUGAAUGAAAUGAUACAAGAUUUUGUUUCUUCAUAUUGUGUCCAUGGAAUUUUGAAUGAUUGCAAUGUAACAUAUAAACUCAUUGUGUUUGAAGAGGUGCUUUUUUUGGACAAAAUUGUCAUUUAAAGGUCAAGAGGAGCCAAUUUUAUGAUGUCAAUGUUCAGGUGGCCAUAUGCACCAUAAUCUAGCAGCUUGCCAUUUGAUCAAUGGGCGAGAAGCCAUAUUCAAUUCACCACUUGGUGUAACAUUCAGUACCUAGUCUGUUUCUUAUCAGAAAGUUUGAGGCAUUUUUUCUUCUCUGAAAGUUCUUGAAUAAAUUUAUUAUGGCAAUGGUUGGUGGACAAUGAGCCCGAAUGCAGACCUGAGCAUUGAAAGGUUUUGACGCUCUGAGAUUAUUUUGUAGAAGAGAGCUGUGAAUUGAAUGCCAAUCUCAGAUAGGAACAAACCAAGGAUAUAGAAAGAAAAAACCUUUGUAUACUAGAACAUUCCUUCAGGGGUUUGAACCAGGGUCAAACGCUCCACAGUUUAGAAUAAUACUGACUUAGUAAUAUGCGCUUCUUUAAAGUAAAGGGUUCUUUAUAUGGAAGUUUUUGGUCACGAGCUCAGGUGUCAGGCAGAGGCUCAAAGUGUUAAACUUCUUUGACUUAGGCUACCAGACUUUUAAGUGUGCCUUACUUUGACAAAUACAUGGUAUUGUGUUGCUCUUGCGUAAUACUGGAAGUGUACAAUAUAAUUUAAUCUUUUCUUUUUCAUUGUACAUGCCACUGUUUGUGUGUGCUGUAUGUGCAAACUCUAGCAAAGAAUCAAUAUAUAACAAAUAGGGAAAAUAAUUCUUUUUCUCUUUAUCACAGCCGUGUUGGUGUUUGUUUGAUGUGCUUGCCUUGGACGUGCAAAUGUAGAAAACUAUGUGUCUUUUAAUGUUGCUGCUGAUAUUGCUCUUGUUGUUUCUUUUACCGCUGCUGUUUUAUUGUUGUUAAUAAUGAAAUUAAAGUGGCAUAUUAUGUAUAAUAUCAAUAUAUUGGCCUGUUUAAAAUUUACUUUUUUCCUUCUAUUUAAUAUCCAUUUAUGACAAUUUGCACAAAGGAAAUUUUUUUUUUCUUUUUCAUAUUCAUCUAUGAUAAUUAGCAAAAUGAAAAAUUAUUUUUCUUCCUGAUAAGAAGUAUGACUGUGUGCAAUAUUGUCUACGACCCCUGUACUCCCAUGUAUUCAUGUCUCCUGCCUGCACAAGACUCACUUUGUUUUUCUCACAGUGAGUGUUUGAAAGAAAUAAGCCAUGACGUUUUUUCUAUUAAAGUGUUGUGCAACAAUAUGC